AUGGUGCUCCUGUCUGGAGACGGCAAAGCGGCCGGGGAGGGCCGGAGUCCCGCCGCGGCAAAGCACCUGCCGGUGCCGCCCUCGGAGCCUGCCGGGCCGGGAGCCGCGGAGCCUAAGGGGAGCGUCGUCGUCGGCUCCAGCCCAGCUGCAGGGGCGGAGAGGUCGCGAAGGGGCAGCGAAGGCGGCGGCGCUGAGGGAGGAAGCGACGAGGACGGCGGUGGCGGCGGCGACUACGAGGAGUACGAGGACUUCUCGGACCUCCCGGACACGCGCAGCAUCAUUUCGGACGACUCCUUCUACCCGCCGCGGGCGGACGGCGACGACGACGACAACAGCGACGACUGGUCUCUGGGAGAGUCGGACUCGUCGACGGGAAGCCCCGAGGCGCUCACCCUCUUCCGAGCUUGCUGCACCAACAACGCCGUGGCCUUGAGAGCGAUCAUCCGGCAGGGGCCCGAGGAGAAGGAGGCCAAGGAGACCGACCGCAACAAGAGGACUGGCCUUAUUGUUGCCUGUUACCAAGGGUUUGUGGAUAUUGUAAUAGCCUUAGCACAAUGCCCUCACAUUGAUGUAAACUGGCAGGACAAUGAAGGAAACACGGCUCUAAUUACAGCGGCCCAGGCAGGACAUAUUACUAUCACACAGUAUUUAUUAAACUAUUAUCCUGGCCUUGAUAUUGAGAAAAGGAAUGCCUUUGGAUUUACUGCACUCAUGAAGUCUGCAAUGCAAGGCCGAAGUGAAUGCAUCAGAGCUUUAAUGUUGGCAGGGGCAAGCAUUUAUGCCACAGACCCGGGCCGUGGAUUCACUCCUCAGGAAUGGGCAUGUUUCACAGGAAGAAUAGAAUCUGCCUAUCUUAUGCAAAGACUUAUGGACAAGCCAUGUGCUGAGCAAUUUUGUGACCACUAUGAGCUAGAAUGGCCAAAGUUGAAAGAACGUCUUGCCAAGGCUGCAGAGCCAAAGACCUGUUUGCAAAAGAUCUCGGAAGGCGUGAGGUCAGUAAUAACUUCCAGAGGUUUCAAAGGCCCUGAAGAAGAUGGUGUCCUUGAUCAUAUGGUUCGGGUGACGACAAGUCUAAGGAGCUCUUUUGUUGCCAUAGCUUGUAGGACCGUGUGCCCUGGAAGUCCGCCUGGCAUAGGAAAACGCAGGCCUGCUGUACAAGAGAUCUUUAGGAAACAAAGAGCCAAGGAAAUCAAAUCUAUGGAUAGCAAAGACCAUUUUAACAGCUAUGAGAAGCUGUUUCAGAACUCCAGAGUUAUGUUAGUCUCCAAAAAGAAGGAAAGGCGAGCCAGCCUCCAGCCUUUCAGUCUAAAUGUACCUCAGGUUAGCAUUGUGGUUCCAAGGAAAUCAAGCUUGCUGCCACUGCACUUGCUGAGAAGGAGCAGUGUGCGCCCAGGGUUUGUCAUCCCCAAAGUCCGAAUCAACAAGGCACCUCCACCUACUUUCCAGCCAGAGAAAGUCAGGCGAAAAAGCAGUGCUGGUGAUGGAGCUUACCUGCAGAUUCCUAAGUGGAGGUAUAAAGAGCUGAAGGAAGAAAGGAAGAAGGCAGAGGAAGAAGAAAAGAAAAAAGCAGAAGCAGCUCAGAAACAGAAGCAAGGGUCUCCCGUGAAAAGCAAGACUUGAACUGAGGCUGAGACUCAUGAUAGUACUACUGAGAUCAACACAAAAGUCAAGUUGCUGUUUUGGGGCCAGCUGAAUGACACAAUUUAAAGGAGAAGAAAUCAUCUAGAGAGCAACCGAUACGGUAAAGUGUACAUAGGUCAAGAAAUGUAAGGAAAUAUUUAUAGAAACUGAACAGGUUUAAAAUAUGGAAAAGGUAGUUUUCUCAGGGUGGAAAACAGGGGUAAUGGGAUUAAGCUCCAAGAAGGGAGAGUUAGUCUGGAUAUCAGACAUUUUUCUAUACAUAAAAGAGUAUUAAGCUACAGAGUGUGUUUGCAAGGGAAACUAAUAUUAAAAAUAGAUUACAUAAGCACUGGCUUGAGGAUAAGUGAAAAGACAAGUUUACGGAUUUUGUACAAGUGUAUUAUGAUCUCCCCAUCCCCCACACUAAAGUAAAGGGCUUUAGCUUGAUGCUUGCUUUUAAGAAAAUAUGGACAUUGUAAUGAAAUUUCAAAAAACCAAACAUUGAAAGGAUGCAAAAAUCUCAGGGCAUUUUGUAGAAAACCAACUUUAUGAAUAAAAUGUUUGUAAAGCAUUUCUUAUGAAAGAUAGAGUUAAUGGAAACAAAAUGGUAUAAAAUUAUAUACAGUAUUUUGUAUUGAAUGAGAUUUUACUGUUUAUAAAAAGUGUAAAAACUACUAUGAAUUGGGUUAAUUUCACAAAAAUGCAACAUUUCUGAGGAUCCUCCCGUUAUUUUUUUCAAGAUUAUGCCCAACUUUAGGUUCUCCUACUUCUGUAUUCUGAAACAGAUCUGCAGCAAAAUUUGCAACACAAUGUUCAGGAUUCCAGCUGUCACAUUCCUCAGCCACACCAUUUUUAUUUAUUUAUUUUUUGAACUCUCAACAGCCGGUCAGCAUGCUGUGGCCACUGAACAUUUGAGCAUAUUUUGAAUCCCUCCCGACUUCUUCCUAAAUAUGUUUUCUUCU